AGCGACAGCAAGAUGGCGGCCCCCAGUAACGCGGAGCGCUCUCCUGAGCCCUCGGCGCCGCUGAAGGCCCCCAAAACGGAGGCUCCGUCGCCGGAUUCGGAGGACCUGAGUGACGGUAACCCGUACCACUCGAACUCCUCCACGCCCAGCCGCUUCUCCCCUCUGAACGUGGGCGUGUCGGCCCCGGGGGCGUCGGGCCGGAGCGGCGCGGCCUCGGCCGCCUCCAACAGCAACAGCUUCACUGUGUGCCGCGGCAUGUCGUGGACGCCGUCCGAGACCAACGCGCUCAUCGCCGUGUGGGGCAACGAGAGGCUGGCCGAAGCGAGGAUGCAGCAGCUGGAGGUGGCGGGCACCGUGUUCUCCGGGAAGGCGCCUGGACCAGCCAUGUAUGAGCGGGUGUCGAGAGCUCUGGCGGAGCUGGGCUACGAGAGGACCCCGUCUCAGUGCCGGGAGAGGAUGAAGACCCUGCGGCGUUGCUACAGCCGUGUGAAGGAGCAUGGCAUUGGGAAGCGAAAGAGCAGCUACUCCAUUGAGCAGCUGGAGAAGGUGUUUGGGCAGGGAGGCUGGGACUCCCAGAGCUGCCAGCCGGUCCUGAUUAACAGCAGCGGUCUGUAUCAGGAGAUGGAGUCAGAUGGCAGCACGAUGGAGGACUACCCACAGGAGGACUGGUGUAACCAGGACCUGUCUGCUGUUUUCCAGGAGGGAGAAAUAGAGGCCGAGGAGAUUCAGCUUCCAAAGAACAGAGUUCUACAGUUAAGGCCAGAGACUUCUGAGCAGGCCCAGCGUCAAGAAGUGAUGCGGAACGUGAUGCGCAUUCUUGAGUCUGUAGAGGUCAAAUGGGAGCACUUCCAGACCUGGACGGAUUUCUCGCGGCUUCACCUCUCCAACAAGCUGGCCAUCUUUGGUGUGGGCUACAACACUCGAUGGCGCGAGGAGAUCCGCUACCACUACGCAGAGAUCAGCUCUCAGGUGCCUCUGGGGAAGCGCCUACGGGAAUACUUCAACCCCGAAAAGACAGAAGGAAGGGUCAUCAUGACCAAGGUGCAGAAGAUGAACUGGAAGAAUGUGUAUUAUAAGUUUCUAGACAUCACAAUCAGCGAAGCACGCUGCCUGGAGCUCCAUAUGGAGGUGGACUGGAUUCGUAUUGCACAAACCAGCAGUUCAGGCUGCAUCAAUGGCUCACAGUACCUCUUGCCAGGCGGCAUACCGAAAACAUACGGCCUCUAUGCUAUUGGGUAUGAGGAAAGGACAGGAACUGGUAUCUCUGGUGCAGAGGAUAACGGUUCCUCCUCUGGAGAACCAGAGACGGGCGAGAAAAGGCGAAAUAGUAAGUCAGCCAAAGUGACUUAUUGCUACCUCGGCAUAGCGGAGGACCGCACACUGCAGCAGAGUUUGGUCCAACACUUUCAAAGUUCAGGCAAGUACUGCGGUCGCGGUGAGCCAUCCGCCGUUACCAAGUUUCUACAGGAGAACAGCUCUGGCCGGCCCAAGGAUGAGGCCUCCUCUUCUUCCGGUUUACCCAUUUACAUUAAAUUCAUUGAGGUGGAGCUGGACUUUCUCUCUGCUGGAUCCCUGGUGGAAUGUUUAGAAAUCGCAGUCGGGUAUCCCUUAAAGUUCAAUAAGAAGGACAGCUUGUAACUGCAUAAUUUCUGUUGACUUGGCCUAAAACAUGUACUUGACUAAAGUCUGUGUUGCACAACCAUGUUAAAGAAAUCUAGACACUAGUCACCUCGUAAUCUAGACUUUGCAGUCAGAAGAAAAAACUGGUUAAGACACUGUAGAACUCUGACUGAGGAAAAUCUAGCUUGUUUCAGUCUGGUCAGUCCAGUUGUGUUUUCAGUCUGGUUGCCUGGGUUGAAAAUGUUCAGGAAGGCGGAUUUUUCUCCCUUGCAGUAUCGCUUUAUCAGGGAGCCUUGGGCCUUUUCAGGUUGAAAUAAGGGAGAGAGUGGCAUCUCGAGGAUGCCCUUUCCAUUUUAAAACUGCCUUUAUUUUUGUCUACCAAUGCAUCAGAAGUCAAAUGAUACAAGUGUAUGUUGGGACAAGGGCACUUUUAAUUUCCCAUCAAAAACUGGGAAGAAAUGAACUGAAUAUAAAGUUUAUCGCUACAGAAGUCUAUAUAUAUAUUUAAGAAUAUUGAUGUUGUCAAGCAUUCCAGCAUUGAAAAGAUGCUUUCAGAGUAUCAAUAUUUGUUUAUAUUUGUUUUUAUUUGUGAACUCACACGGUGUCUUUAUGUAUAAUUGUUUCCAGAUCACAGUAUUGUUUACAUGUUUGGGAGGAAAAAAAAAUAAAUGGGGCACUAUUCACUCAUCUGCCAUUUAAUAGCGAUGUGAACAGAGAAAGUGUUUCACCGAUAUUUUUUAUUCUUUAUUAUUAUUCAACGUUAAAACAAAAAUUGAUAGGGAUGCACCACAGAUUUUUCUUAAAGAUACAAUAAGAUUAAAUUCAGUUAACCAUAAUGUCAAAAUAUAGCUCAUUGAUCAUUUCAGUGGUGAUGAUGCUGAGAAAUAGUUGAAAAGAUAAAAGAUGCUGUUUCCUUUGUUUUCUUGCACCAGUCAUUGCUGAUGAGUUCAAACAGCAUGUUCAAAGAAAAAAAUAAAUCACUGUAAUUUA